UAGUCAUCAAAAGUGAAAAAAAUAAAAAUUAUCGAAAAAUCAAGAGAAAAAAUGACGACUGACUCCAAAGAGUAUCUUCUCGCACUGAAAGUGAUGUGUUUAACACGCCCAACUCUCUUGACGCCUCAAAUAGUGUCAUGCGAGCCCAUCGAUUUGCCUCAAAAAAGCUUCGAACACGUAUUGAAGAAAGACAUCACAGCUGUUCCUGAACUUCCUACUGUCGGAUCCGGGCAAUUUAUGCUCUUGCCGCAAGCAUUCCGUAACAUUUAUUUGGGCGAAACCUUCUCCAGCUACAUUUGCGUUUAUAACAACGUCUCCCAUCCCGUACACAAAGUUCGUGUGAACGCCUAUUUACAAACUUUGAGCACAAAAAUCAAUUUACCGAUCCACAGUGACAAACAAGCCGGAGUGACACUCGAAACUAAUGGCACGCUCGACGAUAUCAUCCAUCACGAAGUCAAAGAAAUCGGAAAUCAUGUCCUCGUUUGUGAAGUAAUGUACGAAACGCCCGCCGGAUUGCCCGAAUCUUUCCGCAAAUUCUUCAAAUUUCAAGUUGUCAAGCCGCUGGAUGUGCAAACGAAAUUCUACAAUGCUGAAACUGGCGAAAUUUUCCUCGAAGCGCAAAUCCAGAACAAAACCACAAGUGCAAUCUGUCUUGAAAAAGUCGAUCUUCAAAGUUCCGACAAAUAUUCCAUCGUCUCUCUCAACACCCUGCCCAAUGGCGAUUCCGUGUUCACGUCAAAAAACAUGCUCCAACCGAACAAUUGCUGCCAAUUUCUCUACUGCAUCAAACCAAAUCCUGAAUUAAGCGAAGACAUCAGAGCGUUGCAAACGGAAACAGGCAUCGGGAAGCUCGAUAUUGUUUGGCGAUCGAAUCUCGGCGAAAAAGGACGUCUUCAAACGAGUCAACUGCAAAAAAGUAACAUCGACUAUGGAGAUUUGCGUGUUUCGAUUGUCGAAGCAAAGAGCACUGUUCGCAUUGGAGAAGCUUUUAAUUUUGUCUUGAGAAUUACAAACACGAGCGAACGUUCGAUGGAUUUAACUUUGAAUUUAAAUGCGAAUCCAAAAGCAGGAAGUUCUUAUGCGGGAACGACAGAGUUCAAUAUUGGCAAUAUCGAACGAGGAAAGUCAAAAGACGUGGAUUUGACUGUCGUUCCAACGAAAUUGGGCUUAGUUACUGUUUCGAAUUUACAAUUGACGGAUCUCAAGAAGACCUACGAAUUUGAGGAUUUUGUGCAGGUUUAUGUGGUUGAACAGGAUUAUAAGGAAGACGAAUUUGAUAUGGAUAAAUUUGUUAAAUAUUGUACUAUUACUGCUUAAAAAAUUUAAAUAUUUAAAAAAAAUAAAAAAAAAAUUGUU